AAAGGAGUUGUUUCAUGAUAAACACCCUCCAUCUUCUUGAUCUUAGCCGAGAAAGGUAUAACACCCUCCAUCUUCAAUCCUUGAAGUUGUGGAUCGAGUCCUCGAAAAAGUAAAAAAGAGGGUGUUAAAAAAAAUGAACUAUGGUUAAAAAAGCAAAUUCUCAAAACUAAUGGACUCUCUUGUAUUUUCAAGAAACUAGUGAUGGCACCCCAAAAAAAAUAAAAAAAUCAUAUAUCUAGGAAAUGGCGCGAUAGAACCAUCUCCAACUUUACACCUCCGAACAGCUAUAUUAUUCGCCCGCCGCGAUGGAUUUCAAAUGCUCCGAUUUGGGAAAGUGGAAGGAAGCUCUAUGCUCUUACAAAGUUCAAAUCGAGUCGCUAAAUAAGCCUAAUCUCGUCUCCCUUGAUGAUUUCUACCGGAAUGAACUUCCCGGUGUUCUCCGGCAACGGAACCCUAGUUACAUUACUACUCCUGAAUUGAAGAAGCUAAUGCAAUGGAAGCUUACCAGAGGCAAAUGGAGGCCUAGGCUGUUGGAUUUUGUAUCAUCACUUGACGAUGCUGUGGUGAGAUCUGCAUCAGAGAAGGCAUUCCAGUCUCUACCUGAUAUCAAGAAAGCUAUUUCGGAGCUCACUGUCUUGAAAGGCAUUGGUCCAGCCACUGCCUCUGCUGUUCUGGCUGCUUAUGCGCCAGAUAUUGCACCGUUCAUGUCGGAUGAAGCAAUGGUUGCUGCAAUUGGUAACUCAAAAGACUAUACUUUGAAACAGUAUCUAGUUUUGGUGGACAAAUUGCAGGCAAAAGCCAAGGAGCUAUCAGCAAAAGGAAACUCUUUUACUCCAUCAGAUGUUGAAAGGGCGCUAUGGAGUUCUGCUGUGGGUGCCAAAUCUGGUGGGUUGUCACGAGAGCCUGGGGAGGUCAACUCAAAGCGGAAGUCCAAGAGGAAGCGCAUACAGUGACUUGGAUGAUGCUGGUCGAGUUGGAUAGAUGUUGAUCAAUCAGUAAGUUCAAAGCUAUUCUUGUUCGUAGGAAUCCUAAACUGCCUGUAUAUAUUGCAAAUGCAAACCCUUAAAGGAAGUACUCUACUUUUGUUGUGUUUUAGGCUUACAAUCAAUGUCUAUAGCACUGCUAUGAGCUAUAUAUCCUAUCAACUUUGAAACCUUUUGUACAA